UGUAUACACAUACAUCUCUCUCUCUCUCUCUCUCUUUCUCUAUCUAUAAAGAUAUUAAACAAACAAACAAAUAAAUAAAUAAAUAUACAGCCUUUAACAACUAUUUCAUCAUCAAUAUGUAAUCAUUUUAAUGUAGAUUUAAUUCCAUUUGGGAAAUUGACCCUGGGAGGUGGGUUUUUCCAGGAAAAUAAAUGGUUCUUUACGCCGGACGUGUGCAUUUUGGACAUGCACAGGAUUUAAAGCUGUUUUUAAAGCAUUUCACAGAGACUGCUCCUGAACUGCAGGUUUCUGUCAGGUUCACUGCAUCCUGUAUAUAUCCGUGGUUACAGAAUUAGAAUUGGAACCUUGGAAUCAUGUGCUGUUAUUCUGAAAUCCAGAAUCGGAACAUUCAGAGUUGAAAAGCUGAUCUGCAUCAACACAAUCCACAUUCAGAUGAAAGCUGUACAUUCAGUAGCUCUGACCUGCACAUAAACAGUAGACAGAACAUGGGUAAACAUGAGGAAGAGAAGGGAAUGGAGAGGAAGGUGGACGCGAUGUCCUGCAACAUCAUCAAUGAGUUGCGGUUAGAGAAGCGGCUCUGUGACGGAGUCAUCAUGGUGGAUGGCGCCGAGUUCCACGUGCACAAGAUCAUCCUGUGCGGCUGCAGCCCGUACUUCAUGACUCUCUUCAACAAUGGCUUGUACCCUCCUGAUAAGCUCGGGUACUGCAUCCAUAACGUUUCUGCUGAGAUAAUGGAGCUGAUCGUGGAGUACGCGUAUAUGAGACGUGUUAACAUCACGGAGAAAGACGUGUAUAAGCUGCUGAUCGCUGCUGAUAAUCUGUUGGUGAGCAGCCUGGUGAAUGAGUGCUGCGCGUUCCUGAAGGAUCAGCUGUGUCCCAAGAACUGCAUUGACAUCUGGCGUUUUGCUCACUCCUACUUCUUCGAGAAUCUGAAGCAGCAGGCCUUCUGGUUUAUCUUGCACAACUUUGAGGAGAUGGUGCGCCUAUCUGAGGAGUUCCUGGACCUGACGGUCGAGCAGCUGAGCGAGAUCAUCGAGAAGGACGAACUGAACGUGAAAAAGGAGAGCGUGGUGUUUGAGGCCGUCUUACAGUGGAUCAAACAUGCGCCAUGGAAACGGAAAGCACACAUAGGAGUGUUACUGCCCAAGGUGCGUCUGCGGCUAUUGACACAUGAUUACCUUAUGAACAAUGUGAGCAACAACACUUUAGUGAUGGAUGACAUGACAUGUAAGUCGAUCAUCACUAGCAUUCUGACGGGCAUCGAUGACCUCAACCCAAGCCUUUCUCUCAGCUCUGAUCUCACGAGACUCCGCCUGCCCAGAGCCGUUCUGCUGAUCAUCGGUGGCUUGGUCAACAUGGAACCCACCAAUGCCAUAGAAGCGUACGAUACACGAGCGGCACGCUGGGUCAAUGUCACGUGCAACGACGAGAGUCCACGAGCCCAUCACGGGAUGGUGUAUCUGAACGGCUUCGUGUACUGCAUCGGAGGACUCCACAGUGUUAAAUUCCAAAGCAGUGUGAGAAGGUUUGACCCCAUCACCAGAACCUGGGCUCAGGUGAGACCCAUGCACUUUUGCCGGUGUUUUGUGAGCGUGUGUGUGCUGGAUGGUCAUAUCUAUGCGAUGGGAGGAUUUGAUGGCAUGGGACAUCUGAAUACGGUCGAGCGAUAUGAACCUGAGAAUGAUCGGUGGAGCAUGAUCGCACCGAUGCACGAACAAAGGAGCGAGGCUAACGCUACAGUACUGAACAACAAAGUGUACAUAUGCGGAGGGUAUAACUGGAACGUGAGUUUGUUCACAGCGGAGUAUUACAGUCCUCAGACUGGAGCGUGGACCGUCAUCCCCCCAAUGAUGAUCAGAAGGUGUGGACUGGGCGUGGCUGCGUACGGAGGACAGGUUUAUGCUGUCGGGGGAUUUGAUGGUACUAAUGAGCUAAGCGAUGUAGAGGUGUAUAAUCCUCAGACCAAUGUGUGGAGACAAGGUCCAGCCAUGAACAGCAAGCACAGAAACUUCGGCAUUGAGGUGCUGGACGAUCUCCUGUUCAUUCUUGGAGAAAAUAAUGUGGAGUGUUAUGAUGAGCAAACUUCUAAAUGGCAUGCAGUCGAAAACAUGGGGAUUUCACGCCGUGCUCUGAGCUGCUGUGUGCUGUCUGGUUUACCCAACAUAGCCGAGUACGCCGCGCCCCGAGAGAAUCCCUUUGGAGUCAGAGCUCACGGAGCACCAGAGGCUACCUCAAACCUCCUGCCAAUGUCUGAGAUGUACAAAUAAACCUCUACCUUCAUCAGCAUCCUUUUGUUCUCGAGAAUCAAAUUAAACAUUCUGAAGCAGUCAAACUCCUGCAUUUGCCUUUUGUUUACUCUCUUAUGCUGCAAGCCGUUGUACUGAAACUCGUAAAACCACAACGUCCCUCAUGGAGACGUGAGAUGGAACAGUUAGCGUCCACCAUCCUGAGAUCUCACACUCACACACAUACACACACACACCUGACGUCACAAUGACACAGCAGCACUCACAAGGUCAACGCUAUACAGAAUUCUCUUCACGUUAUUUUCUACAUGAUGAAACUGGACUUUGUUGACGUGUAGCUUUUGUGUCGUAAGUUUAGGUUCAUGACAUAAUUCCACUGAUUUUAGCCCAAAUUCACUAACGUGAUAAGAUGAAGACAGGGGAUGAAGAUUAUACAUUAUUUCUCAGAGAAAUAAUUAAUGCAGAUCUUAUUAAUAUGUUUAUCCAACUCAAAUAUGACCUUGCUCCGAAUAUCCACCAUUAUUUCCGAGCCAAGCAGGAACGCCUUUAGGUCGGAACGCCUUUAGAUCGGAACGUCGGAAAACUGGUUCUGUACUUUCAGAGCUUGAGUACCACAGAGUGCAGCAUUAAUAUCAGCAGAUCCACAGUGAGAGAGUCUCAGAUAAUACUAUAAACACACCAGGUUCAAUUACACUACACUAAAAAAAGAGAAAAACAUGGAUUAGGAAAAAAGGACAUAAAAUAAUGACAAAGAGUAAAGGAAAAGGGGAGAGAGAGAAUAUGUGUGUGACACAGAGAGAGAGAGAGAGAGAGAGAGAGAGAGAGAGAGAGAGAGAGAGAGAGAGAGGGGAUGAGAGAGAGAAUGAUAGAGAGAGAAUAUGUGUGUGUGUGAGAGAGAGGAUGAGAGAGAGAGAAUAAUAGAGAAUGAGAAAGAAAGAUAUGCAUGAGAAUUAAAUAGAAAGCAUGAAAAUCAGAAAUCAAGAGGGAAAAAAGCAAAAAAGUGAGAGAUAAACAACUACAUGAGGGAUUGACAGAAAAAGUUUGAAACAAAAAGAAAGAAGAAAAGAAAUAUAAAAAAUAACGGAGAAAAAGAAAGAGCAAAAAAGGAACAAUAAAAAUGAUAAAUAUGAAAGAGAAAGAAAACAUGGUAGAGGAAUAAAAAAGCUAGGACAUAAUUGAUAAAGAGCAGGAGAAACCGUGGAAAAGAAGAGGAAGAGACAGAUAAAGAAAAAAGGAAAGAGAGGAAGGAGAAAAGAGUGAGAGACGGAUGAAAGAAAUGAAGAAAGAGAGAUUAACAUAUCACCUUGAAGAAGUCGGUUUUGUCUGUGACGUGCUUUAACAUCCCCUGUGUGAGCACCGGCCUGAUCACCACGGCAACACGACCCUGGCUCGGGCUCAUCGGCUGGGCGGAGUUGGCCACACCCACCCGUUCUGCUGUCACCAUGGCGACAGACUGAUGCGAACAUAGCGUCACUACGUGCUACUACAACAGUAUUUAGAAUGAUUAUGUGCUACUACAACAGUAUUUAGAAUGAUUAUGAGCUUCUAGAACCUUAGUUUGAAUGACUACGUGCUACUACAACAGUAUUUAGAAUGAUUAUGAGCUUCUAGAACCUUAGUUCAAAAUGACUAUGUGCUACUGUGACAUUACUUUGAAUGACUACAUGCUACUACAUCAGUACUUAGAAUGAUUAUGUGCUUCCAGAACCUUAUUUCAAAUGACUACGUAAAUGGUACACUUAUAUAGCGCUUUUAUCUAAAGUGCUUUACACUGUGUCUCAGUCACCCAUUCACACACCAAUGAUAGCAGAGCUACCAUGCAAGGCACUAACUUGCCAUUAGGAGCAACUUGGGGUACAACAUUUUGCCCAAGGACAUUUCGGCAUGUGGAGUCAUGUGGGUCAGGCAUCGAACCAACAACUCUACGAUUCGUGGACAACCCACUCUACCAACUGAGCCACAUUUUUAGUCAAACUAAUGUCAGAGAGAGCUCAAUGUCAACUCUAGAGCUCAGUUCUGUAAAUUAAAGGAAAAAUCCACCCUGAAUGACUUGAAUAUUAAGCUUUCUAAUUGUGAUCAUCAUUGGCUUUCAUAAUUUAUUUUUUAAUCAAAAUUUUAGUUGGCCAUUUUAGUUUAAACUUCAUUUUAUCGACACUUUGCUUUAUUUUCACUUUGGUUUCCUACAUAUGCCACAAUGCUAUUGAACUACCUGCUGAUAGUGGGAUUUAGACCUUGCUUCAUUUCUACAGUGAGGGAAAGAAGUA